AUGGAAGUUUUGGAUCUCGGUGACAAUCAUAUUGAGGAUACGUUCCCAAGUUGGUUGGGAACACUCCCAGAACUAAAAGUUCUUGUUUUGAAGUCCAACAAUUUGAAGGAUCUUUUGAAUAUUCCCAGAGGAGCUCAUCUCUUUCCCAAGUUACACAUUUUGGACCUCUCCAACAACAACUUCAGCGGUCCUUUGCCAGUCAACUUGAUAAUUAACCUUAAAGCCAUGAUGAAUGGCAGAAAUAGGACGGACAAAUCAUUAUAUAUGAUACGAUAUCUUGGGGAACAAGGUAAGCUAUUGAGGCCAUAUGAAAAUUCCGUGACCCUGACCAUGAAAGGGCAAGAGAUUGAGCUAUUGAAGAUCUUGACCUUCCUCACAGUUAUUGACUUGUCGCACAACUCUUUCCAAGGAAAAAUCCCCAAAGUUUUUGGACAUCUUCACUUUCUUGUAGGGCUCAACCUUUCUCAUAACUAUCUCACAGGUUCCAUCUCUCCGACUCUAGGGAACUUGACUAAUCUUGGAUGGCUUGAUCUUUCUUCGAACAAGCUUAGUGGGGUAAUUCCUAGAAAAUUGGGAGAUUUGGCAUCCUUUGGGUACUUAAACCUCUCGAGGAACCAACUCACUGGUCGAGUUCCUCAAGAUAAGCAACUGAGCACAUUUUCAAGCGACUCGUUUAGUGGGAAUCCAGGCUUAUGUGGAACUCCAUUACCAAAAGCAUGCCCCGGCGAUGCUCAACCUCCUCCGCCAUCGUCCACAUCAACUUUCAACCACGAAGGGCAUGAGAGUUGGUUCAAACAGAAAGUAUUGUGGAUAGGUUAUGCAUCAGGAAUCGUAAUUGGGAUUUCGAUAGCAUACAUUGCAUUUGAAACGGAAAGACCCAAAUGGCUCACACGAUGUGUGAAAUUGUUAGAGAGAAGAGUAGCCGGGUGGAUGGAGAAGCCAAAGAGGAAGGCCAUCAAAUUUCAUGGACAUUGAAAUUGUUUGAGAAGUUGUCUCUGUAAACUAGCAUUGUAAGUUCAGCGA